GUGAUCCAAAAAUGUCAAGCAGCAGUACAGAUAUGGAAGACGGUAUUGGUGGUGUAGUCGAAGACCGUGUACCGCUAGUGAACCGUUCUGAACCUCCUCCCGAUCGAUUUCGACUUGUUCUAUGGAUCAUGUUUAUUCUCGGGUUUGGAGCGCUGCUGCCGUGGAAUAUGUUCAUCACUGCUACUCCAUAUUUUGAUGACAAGUUUAAGAAGAGAACAGUGGGGAAUAAGACUAUAUCGCCUGGUCUGUUUCAUUGCACAUAUGAGAAUUACUUUGCAGUUGCAUCAAUGGUACCAAAUCUAAUUGCCGUCAUUCUAAACGUUCGCUAUGCACAUUGGUUUAGCAUCAAAUGGAGGAUUGGUGGAUCAACGUUCAUUGUUUUGUUAGUCUUCAUUUGGACAACUGCUCUCGUGUAUCCUUCAGAUGCACAUUGGCAGAACUCUUUCUUUGCCAUCACUAUUGUUUCUGUUGUCAUCAUGAAUGUUGCCAGUUCAACAUUUCAAGCUGGUUUGUAUGGUUUGGGUGGCAUUCUCAAUGAUCCAAAGUACACAGGAGCAAUAAUGAGUGGGCAGGGCAUGGCAGGACUGUUUGCAUCGCUCGCAAACAUUUUUUCUCUUGCUGGUGGCAGUAGGGUGGAGGAGAGUGCUAUUGGUUACUUUGCAUCUGCUGUAGCUGUUACAGCAGUGUCUUUCUUUGCAUUUUUUGUUCUUAUCAACCUUAGUUAUGUUAGGUACCAUCUCACUGUUCAGAAACACUAUACAUCGUCUAGUUCUAGUAGCUCAUAUGAACAGCAAACUCCUCAUUUCUGGGCUAUUUUUAAAAAGAUCUGGGGUGUGGCACUAAGUGUGUUUUUAACGUUUUUUGUAACUCUUUCUAUCUUUCCGGGUGUCGCAUCAAAUAUAAAGUCUGUGGAUGCUCCUUCAACAGACACUCUGACAACAGGAGAGAAAGAUACUUGGACAGUGAAAUAUUUUACUCCCAUCAUCUGUUUCUUGCUUUUUAACUUUGGAGAUUUUGUUGGCAGAACUAUUGCUCCAUGGAUUCCAUUGAUAUCACAUCGUUUCCUGUUGAUCCCUGUUGUUCUUCGACUGGCAUUUUUACCUUUGUUUGCUCUGUGCAACGUCCUUCCUAGGUCAUCAGAUGCUUCAGUUGUUUUCAAUAGUGACAUUUAUCCUAUUGUCUUCAUGGCUUUGAUGGCAAUAUCAAAUGGAUACUUGGGCACUCUGUCCAUGAUGUAUGGUCCAAAUUUGGUUUUGACUCACGAGAAAGAGACCGCUGGUUUGAUGAUGUCCAUGUUUUUGACGGUAGGCCUGGCAUCUGGUGCAGGUUUCUCGUUUAUAAUAACAGAAGGUUUGAAUGGAUUCGCUGGUGGAAGGUGUUGACGGUAGAUUCUUAGUAACGUCUGCAUUCCACAGUUUUAAAUUAUUGAUACGUAUAUUGCAUGCAUGUUAGUAGCGUAUGUUAUGUGUUCACAAGAUUUGAUCGCAGUUUAUAUGUGUUUAUGUUUUAUAUACUACAUACGGUAUAUAUCGUAUGAUUAUACACAGUACACAAUCAAGCAAGGAUUUUGUGUCUUGUU